AUGCUUCCAACUGGAUUUCCUGAUUGGAGGAGAAUUGGGUGGCACGUUGGCAAGAAGCUAAGAGACAUCAUCAAUCCUCCCGCAGAUACAGGUCCAUCACGAGAAGAGCGGCGGGCACAAAGACUCCGUGAUGGACUCAAAGGUUUGGUCUACUUUGAUGACUUCGACGAGGUGGAAGCCUGGUCAGCAGAAGAUGUCGACCCAGUCCAGCAGGCCAACAUGCCCCUCUUGAAACGCUCGGCCUCUCGAGUUCAUGAUCAUGUAAGGCCUACUACCUUGGUACUGCUGUGCCAUGACUAUAGCGGCGGCUACCAUGAUUACGAAAGUGUUCGUCCACCUCUGCUGAAGGACAAACUGUACGCUUGCAAUUACCCUCAAUACGUCGAUACGUUUGUCUAUUUCUCCCACAAGCUCGUAUGUGUCCCACCGCCUACAUGGAUAAACACCAUGCAUCGCAAUGGUGUCAAAGUUCUAGGGACGUUCAUCGUUGAGCCCGGAAAACUUAAUGUUGAGCGAAUGCUGGACCAAGUGAAUGGGGAGUUCAUCAUAGCAAAACAGCUAGCUGCUAUGGCCGAUGUCUUCGGUUUCGAUGGAUGGCUGCUCAAUAUCGAAUUGGAGUUUCCCAAAUCCGUCAAAGAUCUUACAAGGAACGUUGUCUGGUAUGAUGCUUUGACUACUGAUAACGAAGUCGACCAUCAAAAUGGCCUGACCCCGAAGAACGUUCCCUUCGCUCUUACUGCGGACUUACUUUUCACGAAUUAUAAAUGGACAAUGAAAACCUUGAAGGAAGCGGACUCAACGGGUGAAGUAUAUGGACUUCAUCCAACGAAGACCCUUUUUGGUAUUGAUGUGUGGGCUCAGAACACUAACAUGCCAGGUCCGCAUCGAAUCACCUUUCCUCCGAAGGGUGGAGGAGGGACAAACACCGGGCUUGCCUUGGGCGUUUUAGCAGAGGCUGGUUUUUCCACAGCCAUCUUUGGGCCAGCCUGGACCCAUGAGCAUUUCUCCACCUCUGCGGAAUCUACUCUGUCCACCGCAGAACGCGUUGAACAUGCUCUGUGGCUAGGGAAGCGCUUACCAUCCGACCUCGGCUGCGAUUGUCACGAAGGACUGCCCCAUCAAACACGGGAGUACGUCGGGACUCCUAUUGUCAAUCACGCUUGCGAGUUCCCUGCCGGAUCGACACACUUCUUCGAAACCGACUUCAAUGGAGCUUUCCAACGAGUGGCAAAUCCAGGAGCUCAGAGUGAGAAGCAUAUUCGCCCAAUGCUUGGAUCUCAGGGACCACUGCCUCAUCUAUUACCCAUGUCGCUACCAGCGUGGGAGCAAGCGUCAGAUAGGCCUCCGACCCGUGUGCUUUAUGGAGAAUUGCCAGAUGAGGCUCCUGGAGGCCUAAUCGUGAAUACGAGGAUCAUCCGCAUGCACGAAAAGACCGCCCCUAUUGAAUCAUGGGGCUCACAUCCUCAAAGAGGAACACAUUAUCGUCUAUGCCUUUUUAAGUUGAACAUGCUUGCCGAUGAGUCACUCGCCGCUACGAUCAGGUUCAAAUGUCUUGAAGCGAGCACGGACAUAGCUCCAGGUUUCUACAUGGGCUAUAUUAUUUCAGACUCUGAGAAACUUUGUUACAUCCACGUAGAAAUAUCUUCCCCACGUUCGAACCAGGUCCAGGACAAGACGAUCAUGCUCUCUUUCCCUACCGCCGACUCGCGCCUCGUAGAAUUUGGAGUAUAUGGUCUAGGCCUGAUCGAAGACCCAAAGCCACUGGCGCUGUGCCAGAUCUUCAAUCUCACUAUCAAAACAAGAAGUCAAGCGGAAUCGUGCUGGACCAUCGUUGGCGUGAGAGUGACGAAGCGAGGCCGUUCUCCAGAUCACGAGAAAAGGCUGGCAUGGAAGUGGAGCGGCUCGGACGAUUCACGCCCAGCAUUCCUACCGUGGAGCAAGACAACGGGCCCAUUCACGUACUUUGAUGUCAUGAUUAGCGGAAAGGAGCUCGGUAGGGCGUAUUGCACGGAAUUUGCCAUCCACAGUGAGGACUUUGAUGGGUGCAAAGGUGAAGAAGUGGAGGCAGUCAUACGUGGACGCCUCUUCGGUGGUAGCGAGGUUGCCAGCUUGCCAAUACAACUAUCGAGGGAUGAGUUUGGUGUUCCUUGA